AUGGAGAAUGAAAUUCCAACUCCCCCACAGGGCUAUGGUGGUUUGAAUGAUGAAAGGGGUCAUCAUGAGGAGGAAGUGGACGCCAUUCCGCAAUAUUAUGAUCACGAGAGAACCAUUUUCUUGACAUUCUCUAGAAUGGGCACACUCGCGAACAUGAAAUCACACACUUCUUCACUAGAUUACUUAAGUUCAAUCUGUCCUUGCCUUAAGUCUUCGUCUGUGGCUGAAGAACUGUUGUAUGAAACUAGAUGCAUAUUUCCAGAACUCAUAUGCAAGUGGAAAAAUUUGGAGGAGCUUUCUUUGGGAGGCAGCUAUAAUCUUGUGAAAAUCAUUGAACAGAUCAGCAUUCACUGCAAGAACUUUUGUGCUUUAACUUUGUUUGAGUCUCUUGGAAGAGAUGCGGCAAUGUCGAUUGUUAACCUUUUGCCCAAUAUCAAUAACCUGAUCUUGAUGAACUCACAGAUUUGUCGGGAUGAUUUUGUUGUAAUUCUACAGGGCUGCAAACACCCUGUGUUGCUGGAUGCCAAGAAGUGUAAAGGUUUCAAUGAGAGUGAUGAAGAAAUAUUGAAGCUUGCUUCUCGUAUUAGUAAUUUCAGGUGUGAAGGCUCUAUUGGUGGGGAUUGUUGGGGUGGUAGUGUUUGCUCUUAUUAUCCUCUUUACCGUCAAUUUUUGAAUCUUAAUGGCCAAGGUGGUGAAGGAGUAAAUGAUCCAUUGUUUGAUGAUGAUGAGGGUGAUCAUGAGGAAGACAAUCUUCAUCUUGAUGAUGAACUUGUUUGA